AAGUACUAUUAUUUUUUUAUGAACAUAUGUAUGUAGAAUUUAUAGAGAAUGAACAACUUAGAAGCAGGGCCAUCAUCAAAAGCAAGAGUAGGGGCACCCCAACACUAUGACGGUUCAUUGAAACGCAAACGUGGAAUGUUUCAAAAAGACUUGCAACACAUGAUGUACGGUUUUGGAGAUGACCCCAACCCACUCCAAGAGACAAUGUUGCUUGUAGAGGACAUCGUUGCCGAGUAUGUCACAGAUAUGGUGCACAAAGCUGAAGACAUUGCGACGAAAAGAGGGAGGCUUCUUGCAGAGGAUUUUCUCUUCUUAAUUCGCAAGGACUUGCCAAAGCUUAGCAGAUGCACCGAAUUGUUGUCGAUGAAUGAGGAGCUGAAACAGGCAAGGAAGGCUUUUGAGGUUGACGAGGAGAAGCUCGCUUCCCUCGAGUAAUUUUAUUAUUAUUAUUAUAAAGAUUUACAUAUUUU